UGUGUGCCAGAGUGGCCUGCCUGCCCUGCUGCUUGUUUAGCGCCCGCUUAUUUUGUGAGUUGGCAGCACAAACAAGUCGCAGCGCGCUGUUCAGUUGUUUUUUCCUCGUCAAACUUACGCUACUGCUACAACUCUGCUGCUCUCUGUUCGUUCGUUCGCUUGCUUUCUAUUUGAUUUCGUUUUUGUGUUAUUAACAAUUUGCCGUUGUGUGCGUGUGUACGUGAUUAUUUCGAAAAUAUUCUGAUGAAAAUGUUCGACAACAAUAAAAAUAGAAGAUUUAUAAAGAAAGAGCUGUGCAGCAACGGUUUAAACAUUAACAACAACGAACACAAAUUGCAGCAACGCAAAGACUGUAGGAUUUGAAAAGAGGCUGGAAACGAGUUUUGUUUGCGUUCGCAAAGCGCGCGCAUAAUCUGAUUUUCCAUCAAGGUGAAACUGCAACUGGCAUUGACUGCAUACAAUUUCCCAUAAGUUUAUACAAGCUCAGAACAAAAAGAAAAAACUAACGCAAAUGAAGUGAAAGAAAGAAACAAGCAGUAGAAGACAGUACAAAUUGGCGGCGGUUUCCAACACAAAAAUCAAAAUACCAACAAAAAAUAGAAAGAAGAAGGCAAGCAAUCAAACACAUGCACACAAACACAGAACCAUCAACGUAAAUACUAUAAAACUCACACACAUAUAUACACACACUUGCAUGCCUGUCGUCCAGCAUAGACAAACAAAGAACCAGAGAGUAGUGCGCCCGCUCACACACAUGGUGCGACCAAUUAACGCGAGAGCAAGACAGCAACGAUAGCAGUCAAUAUUGGGAGUGCGAGUGCCAAAUGUCACAUGAAAUUACAACACUGCUGUGAAAGACAAAAGCAACAACAGCAACGUGAACAGUAAAAACAACAACAACACGGCGGCAGCAGCUCUAACUUAUCAAGAAGAAGCAGCAACAUAAACAAAACCAAAACAAGUACAAAACAGGCGCCGGCUACGACCAGCCCCAAUCUUCUUUCCCUCUCCCUCCCCUCUAAAUGCUAAAAUGCUUCCCAGCAUGCAGACAGCAACAACAACAAUAAACACACUUCCAAUGGAAACAGAACAGGAUGUUGCCCAUGUGGAAUAUGAUGUUAUUAAUUACUAUACAGAUGCCAGUCCAAAUGUGAAUCCGGAUGCAGCAACAGCAGCAUCGGCCGCUUCAGGGGCUUCAGUCUCUGAGCAGCGAUGUUCCCGAGUCAGCAAUAACAACAAUAACAAUACAUUGCUUGACGUUGUUGUUCACCCAAGAGCCGCAGAGACUUUACUGGUCACGCCUACAACAGAAACUUCGAGCAACAGUAGUAGCAGCAGCGGUGGCUGUAGUUCUUCAGCAGCGACACCGAUGCGCACCAAAGGCAGCGGUAAUGUCAGCAGCCGGCAGCGCAGCAAAGAGAGAACUACUGCCAGCACCACGCCCACAUUGGGCGUAAAUAUGCGUGUGACCGGACAGUGCAGCCAGGGCGGUCGCAAAUAUAUGGAGGAUCAAUUCUCUGUAGCAUAUCAAGAAUCUCCACUGACACACGAGCUGGAAUACGCAUUCUUUGGCAUUUACGACGGACAUGGUGGCACGGAGGCAGCGCUCUUUGCCAAGGAGCAUCUCAUGCUGGAGAUUGUCAAGCAGAAGCUGUUCUGGUCCGAUAACGAUGAGGAUGUGUUGCGUGCGAUACGCGAAGGUUACAUUAGCACACACUUUGCCAUGUGGCGCGAGCAAGAAAAGUGGCCGCGCACAGCUAACGGGCAUUUGAGCACCGCCGGCACCACAGCAACAGUCGCUUUUAUGCGCCGCGAGAAGAUCUACAUUGGACAUGUGGGCGAUUCGGGCAUUGUGCUCGGCUAUCAGAAUCCUGGCGAACGCCGCUGGCGCGCCAAACAAUUGACAACAGACCAUAAGCCCGAAUCGCAGGCGGAGAAGGCGCGCAUUCAGCGUGCCGGUGGCCAGGUGGCCAUCAAGUCUGGUGUGCCGCGCGUCGUCUGGAAUCGUCCGCGCGAUCCAAUGCAUCGCGGACCCAUCAAGCGACGCACCCUCGUCGAUGAUAUACCCUUUCUGGCUGUGGCGCGUUCGCUGGGCGAUCUCUGGAGCUACAAUUCGCGUUGCAAGGAAUUUGUCGUUAGUCCCGAUCCGGAUGUGAAAGUGGUCAAAAUCGAUCCAAAUACGUUCAGAUGUCUCAUCUUCGGCACAGAUGGCCUUUGGAACGUUGUUAACCCGCAGGAAGCAGUCGACUCGGUCCAGGAGAAACAUCUCAUUGGCGAGUGUCUGCACGAGCAGGACGUUAUGAACCCAAGCAAGGCUCUGGUCGACAAGGCCCUCAAGACGUGGGCCAGCAAGAAGAUGCGCGCGGACAACACGUCCGUUGUAACUGUGAUACUAACGCCCGCAUCAGCAGGAGCAGGCGCUGGAGCUGCCGCUGCCGCUGCCCCAGCACCUGCAGCUGAGCUGGAGACUUCCUUGGAUACGGAGAACAAAUAUCCGGGUGGCUUGGCAGCCCAAUUGGCGGAUCAGGAGGAGCUCGACCUGGAGCUGUGCGGCCACAUUGAGGAGCAGGAAUAUUUCCAUGAUACGCCGUACAGUGCCUUGGCCAAGCGGCAUUUGCCGCCGGAGCCGUAUCGCAAUUUCGACUAUUACUUUGAGGAGGAAAUGCUGGAGGAGGUGGUCGAGGAGGAGGAAGAGGAGGAACACGACGAGGAAGACGACGAGGAGCAUGAACAAGAACAGGAGCCAGAGAUCGAUGAGAAUGUUGUGCAGCAGAGUAAAUAUUGGCGCCGAUCGCGACAGCAAUCGAUUUCCGGCUGGCCGCAGACAACGUCUUUGAUACGUCAUCGUCGUCCCGAAGUGGACGAGGAUCUGUUGAGAGAGCUGCUGCAGCCUGAGCACGAUCAAGAGAUCUAUGGGAAUACGAACAGCAAUAGUAACAGCAACAGCAACAGUAGCAGUGUCUACAGCUGCAACAGUAACAGUAACAGUAACAGCAGGAGCAACAACUGUGAGCUGGAGCUGGAGCACAGCUACGAUAGUUAUGUUAGCAAUACGUCGGUCAGUGCCGGCGGCACGGAAUACAGUUUUGCCGAGUCCUACAACACGCUGCUUAACGAGCAGCAGCAGCAACAGCAGCACUUCCAGCAGCAGCAGCAACCGUUGCAACAGCAGCAGCUGCAACAACAACAACAACGCAGUCAACAACAGCAGCAACACAGCAGCAUGCAGGAGAUAUUGCAGGAGCAGCAGCGCUAUCAGCAGCAGGAGGGCUAUUCGCUCACACAGCUAGAGACGCGACGCGAACAACAGCAGCAACAAGAGCAACAGCAGCAGGCGAUGGUGAUGGCACACAGCAACAGGUGGCAGCAACAGCAGCAACAUCAUGCAACGACAUAUGUGGAGCAGCAGCCGGGUGAGCUGAUGGCGUUGAAUGCGCUGCUGCAGCAGGAACGCGAUGAGGAGCAACAGGUGGCAUUGGAGCGACAACAGGAACAGCAGCAGCAGCAGCAACUGUUGCUGGUUGAGGCUAGCUCCAGUUCCAGUUCAAGUUCCAGUUCCAGCUCGAACUGCAGUUCCUCCAGUUGUUCCUCGUUCGUCUAUGCCUCGCCUUGGAGCGAACCCAACUUGGCCACGUUGCAGGACAACGAGGUGAGCUCCACGCUGCCAGCCACGCCCACGCCAAUGCCCACGAUUGUUGGCGAGCUGGAGGAGGCGCAGGUUGAGGACAUGGAUACAAAUCUGCCACAGUUGGCCGUCGUUGACGUGCAGCAGGAGCAGCAGCAGCCGCAGCCGCAGCAACAACAACAACAACAACAGCAGCAGCAACAAUUGCUGUCAACAACACAACAGUCGCCGCAGCAGCCGCUACAAUUGCUGGCAGCAACACAACAUCCGCAGCAACAGCAGCCACAGCCGCAACAGUUGUCGAUAGCGCAGGCGCGCGUACGCCGACCGCUGCGUCGCUAUCGCAACGUGCCCAAUGAGAAUCAUCAGCAUUUGCAGACGCGUCGUCGACAGCUGUUCAAGCACACCAAAAGCAAGUCGUUUAUUGCCGCCAGUGCAACAGCAAUUGUUGCCUACAACAGCAACAACAACAGCAAUAGCAACAGCAGCAGCGAAGCUCUGCCCAGCGGCAGUAACAGCAGCAGCAACAUUAACAGCGGCAGCAGCAAUGUCGUUAACAGCGUUAACAGCAAUAUCAGCAUUAAUGGUAACAUUAGCAGCAACAGCAGCAGCAGCAGCGCCGCUAGCAUUAGUCACAGCAGUCGACGUCACAGCGUCAACAGCGGCCCCAGCAGCGUCAUGGUAACGCGUCGCAGCCACAACUUGAGACUGGCCGGCAGCGGUAGCUGCGUUAGCAAGCGUCAGCUGCGCAGCUCCAUCUGUCAGCUGAGCAGCCUGGAACUGACAAAGCGCACGCUGCGCAGCAGCAACAGCAGCAGUAGCAAUAGCAACACCAAUAACAACAGCAGCGGCAACAGCAAACAAAAUAAUAACAAAUCCAGUCACACCUUCAAUAAGCCGGCAACGCCAACAGCAGCAACGCCGACAGCAGCAGCAGCAGCAGCUGCGGUAGGAGUAAGCAGCGCAUCUGGCGGCAGCGCGCGACGUAUGCGGCGCAGCAAUGAUGAGCGAGAGCAGCGACGCAGCAGUCAGCGCCGCAGCACACUAGUCGCUGGUCAACUGAGUAACAGCAGCAGCAGCAUCAAUGCCGGCAACGGCGGCAGCAGUCAGUUCAGCAAGCCGACGCGCCUGCAGUCGUGUAACGGUGGAAUUUCAGCGCGUCCGCCGCCGUCGCCAAAAAAACUGAAUGCGGUCGUGCCGACGCUUGCUAUUGGCACGCGCGCCUACACAGCGGCGCUGGCAGCAGCAGCAUCUGAUCUGUCGAAACGUUGGUCGCUGCGCAGCAGCAGCACCAGCCGCCUUAACAGCAGCACCAACAGCAACAACAACAGUCUGAGCAAUAACAGUACGAUGGCAACGCUGGUGACAGCCAUCCGCUGUUACAGUGCACGCAAUCGACCAACCGUUGCAGCAGCAGCAACGCCGAAACGGCGAAAUCAAUGUUGAGUAACAGAAUGGAAUAUAGAGGAUAAGUAGAGAAGUAUAAAAGGUAGGAGAGAUUAAAGUGAAUGGCAGCCUGAGUGGCGCUGCCAACAUGUUUCAAAAUUUCAAGUACAAAUGCAAUUAAAUCAAUGGGAACCCUUAUUAAUUAGUUAGACGAAGUGACGAAGUGUAUGUAAUUGGUAAAAAAAAAAAAUCUGUUAUUUUGUCACGAAACAAAAUUGUAGGUGCACAUACGCAAUCCGAUGUUGUACAUAACAAAACAAAAAAGAGAAUCAAAGCUAACAAAAUCUUAAAAAAGAAA